GUUGUUGAAACGUACAGUUUGCAUGUGAGUCUUCAGGAUUCCCUGCUCAAACCGCCUUGUCAACUUCUCAUCAAUUGAGUUUCGUGAUAGAAAGAGCAAAAGGAUGACUACGUUUGGCUUUUGCAGCCGACCUAGUUUCCCAAUAGUUAGGUGCCCGAAUGGAAUGCAUUCAUAAAAUUGUGGGGUACGCCUACUUGAUUGCCAUCAAUCACAUUGGUUUGCUAUAAACAAGACUGUCCUAGAUAUAUAAAUAUCUCUGUAAUGGCAGUCCUCGUUUUCCAUCAACAUUUAAUUUUUAAAAGCUGUCAUUAUUAGAUGUAACUUCAACUCUGUUUCAGACCUACCUAAAACCUUAUUUAAACCCUAUACCCAUCCACUCUUCUCUAACCUCAUCACAAUUGCAAAAUGCAGCAGCUUUCUCUGAAACCUGUGUUGGGUGUUCUUGGAAAUGUUACAUCAGUUGCACUCUUCCUGUCACCACUGCCAACUCUAUGGAGUAUAUACAAAUUAAAAUCCACCCAGGAAUUUUCUUCACUACCAUAUGUGUGCACAUUGUUCAACUGUGCACUCUGGCUACUCUAUGGAACCCCAUAUGUUAAGCCAAACAGUAUUAUCAUCCUCACAACUAAUGGGAUUGGAUUUAUCCUGGAGUUCUUCUAUCUGUUGUGUUACAUGGCCUUUGCUUCCAGGAAAAAGAAGAUCAAGACAAUGUGGCUGACAAUGGCAAUGUGUGUGGCCUUGGCUACUGUGGUGGUUGUUACUAUUGUAGCAGUGCAUACACAUAGUGGUAGGCAGUUGGUUGCAGGGACUGCUUGUGUUGUGUUGUCUGUAGCAAUGUAUGCCUCCCCUUUAUCAGUCAUUGGCAUUGUGAUUAGCAGCAAAAGCGUGGAAUGCAUGCCAUUUCUGCUCUCGUUAUUCAAUCUUAUCAAUGCACUUGUAUGGACUGCAUAUUCAGUGUUUGCAAAGGACAUAUUCGUUGCUAUACCCAAUGGAACAGGGAGCCUUUUUGGAAUUUUUCAGGUGGGCUUAUAUGUUGUGUACAGAAAUUCUACAAAGCUAUCUUCAAAAAGCACUCAACUGACAGAAACCAAAACUACUGAGGUUGCUGCUACUGAAUGCAGCAGUGAUAAGGUUCAAGAGAAUUUGGUGGGACCUACAAAAGCCUCUAGUCAGAGGUUUUUGUCCCCCCAAAAAGUUUUACCGACUGCAGAGUCUCUGGUGUGACUUGUCUCUUCAAACUAGUUCCAAAAAUGAUUCCUUUGAAGCUUUCUGAAGCUUUUUAACAGUACGUUUAGGACAACUUUUUAGAUGAUAAGAGCUUAGGACCUAUAGAAGAAGAUAAGAAACUAGGUGGUAUUUUGCUUUAGAAUUAAAUGAACAGUGCUGCUUUCCAUUAAUGAUUCAAGUUAAUUUCUUAGGGAAUACUUCAAUAAUUUAUAUAGAAAGUUUUUGACUGGCAGAGAUUUUGCCUA